GGUGCCCACUGCGCUGAUAGACCCACUGUCCUCCCAGAUCCAGGUUCUCCUCUCUCCGCACUUGGACCCGUUCAGACCCGUGCAAUCCCGUUAGACGUGUUCAGACCCGUUCAGAGCCGUUCAGACCCGGUACCGGAUAAGAGACGAGGCGGCCAUGGCGGCCCCCAAUCGGCAAGACACCAAGAAGUUCUUCGAGAACCUGUCGGGCGCCGGGAAGUCCAUCGGGGUGCUGACCAGCGGAGGAGAUGCCCAGGGUAUGAAUGGAGCUGUGAGGGCGGUGGUCAGGAUGGGGAUCUACGUGGGAGCCAAGGUCUACUUUAUCCACGAGGGCUACCAGGGCAUGGUGGACGGAGGUCAGAACAUCGAGGAGGCCACCUGGGAGAGCGUCUCCAGCAUGCUGCAAGUGGGGGGCACGGUGAUCGGCAGCGCCCGCUGUAAGGAGUUCCGGACCCUCGAGGGGCGUGUCCGCGCGGCGCUGAACCUGGUGCAGCACGGCAUCACCAACCUGUGUGUGAUCGGGGGGGACGGCAGCCUGACCGGGGCCAACCUCUUCAGGGAGGAGUGGAGCAGUCUGCUGGAGACCCUCAGGACCACAGGUCAGAUUGAUGACGAGGCGGUCCAGAGGAACUCUGUGCUCCACAUCGUGGGGAUGGUGGGCUCCAUCGACAACGACUUCUGUGGCACCGACAUGACCAUCGGCACCGACUCAGCCCUGCACCGCAUCAUCGAGGUGGUGGACGCCAUCGGGACAACCGCGCAGAGCCACCAGAGGACCUUCGUCUUGGAGGUGAUGGGACGUCACUGUGGGUACCUGGCCCUGGUCAGCGCUCUGGCCUGCGGGGCCGACUGGGUCUUCUUCCCAGAGAUGCCUCCUGAAGACGACUGGGAGGAGGAGCUGUGUUACAAACUAUCUGGGAACCGCGCUGACAAGAAGCGUCUGAACAUCAUCAUCGUGGCCGAGGGGGCGAUCGACCGCAGCAACAAACCCAUCUCCGCCGACUACAUCAAGGACCUGGUGGUCCGCCGUCUUGGCUUCGACACGCGGGUCACCAUCCUGGGCCACGUCCAGAGAGGGGGGACCCCCUCCGCCUUCGACCGCAUCCUGGCCAGCAGAAUGGGGGUGGAGGCGGUGCUGGCUCUGCUGGAGGCAUCUGCGACCACGCCCGCCUGCGUCGUGUCUCUGGUGGGAAACCAGUCAGUCCGGCUGCCCCUCAUGGAGUGUGUUCAGAUGACUCAGGAGGUCCAGAAGGCCAUGGACGAGAAGAAGUUUGACGAGGCCGUCAGACUCCGCGGAAGGAGCUUUGAGAACAACCUGCAUACCUACCGACUGCUCUGCUCCCGCAAGUCGGACAAGGACCUUCCCUCCAGCGGCUUCAACGUGGCGGUCCUGAACGUGGGGGCCCCGGCGGCGGGGAUGAACGCGGCCGUGCGCUCGGCCGUGCGUGUUGGCAUCGCCGAGGGACACAAGAUGUUCGCCGUCAACGACGGCUUCGAAGGAUUCGCCAAGGGACAGAUCAAGGAGAUCAAGUGGGGUGACGUGGGCGGGUGGACCGGCCAGGGGGGGUCCCUGCUGGGGACCAAGAGGACUCUUCCUGCUAAACACGCGGAGAAGAUCGCCGAGCAGAUCAGGAUCCACAACAUCAACGCCAUGCUGGUGAUCGGGGGCUUUGAGGCCUACCUGGGUCUGCUGGAGCUCUCCGGAGCGCGGGAGCAGUUUAGUGAGUUCUGUGUCCCCAUGGUCAUGGUGCCCGCCACCGUGUCCAACAACAUCCCGGGCUCAGACCUCAGCAUCGGGGCCGACACCGCCCUCAACGCCAUCACCGAAGCCUUUGAGUGCGUGCUGGAGCUGUACGAGCUGCGGGCUCACCACGUGGAGUUCUGCGUGCCGCUCUGCAUGCUGCCCGCCACCAUCAGCAACAACGUCCCCGGCACCGACCUCACCAUCGGCGCCGACACCUCCCUCAACGCCAUCGUGGAGACGUGCGACCGCAUCAAGCAGUCUGCCAGCGGUACGAAGCGGCGUGUGUUCAUCAUCGAGACGAUGGGCGGGUACUGCGGUUACCUUGCCAACGUGGGCGGGCUGGCGGCCGGCGCCGAUGCCGUCUACAUCUACGAGGAACCCUUCGACAUCAGGGAGCUGCAGGCCAACGUGGAGCACCUCACGGAGAAGAUGAAGACCAGCAUCCAGAGGGGCCUGGUGCUCAGGAAUGAGAACAGUAACGAGAACUUCACCACAGAUUUCAUCUACCAGCUUUACUCUGAGGAGGGGAAGGGAGUGUUCGACUGCAGGAAGAACGUCCUGGGACACAUGCAGCAGGGGGGUGCUCCUUCCCCCUUUGACAGGAACUUUGGUACCAAGGUGGCGGCUAAAGCCAUGCAGUGGAUCACCACCACGCUGAAGGAGACCUACAAAGAAGGUCGGGUGUUUGCCAACACUGACGACAGCGCCUGUCUGCUGGGGAUGCGUCGCAGGGCGAUGGUCUUCCGGCCCGUCGCUGAGCUCCGAGAGGAGACCGACUUUGUACAUCGGAUCCCCAAGGAGCAGUGGUGGCUGAAGCUCCGCCCCCUCAUGAAGAUCCUGGCCAAGUACCGGACCAGCUUUGACGUGUCCGACUCUGCCCAGCUGGAGCAUGUGACCCACGUCCGGCCCAAGGAGGCCGCCAUCUAAGCCCCGCCCCUCACAGCCUCUCACUCCAAACCGCCACUCCUCCUUUAAGAGUACCGGUCACCUCCUACGAGUCAAACACGCUCCUUUAAUAUGAUGUUGUUUUACAGUAAAAUGGGAAAUGCUGUAGCUGGUCUGAGACCAGAGGCAGGGUGGUUUACAAUCCCCAGUGGAAAGGUUCUGAGUUUGAUCCCCAAUGUCCAGUCUGCCUGCAGACGCCCUUGAGCAAGUUGCGUCCAAACCCCUCCCUGCAGUCACUGUAUGCUGUGUCUGAUAAACGCAUGUCCUGAAUUAAAUAUAGAAUAAAUAUUUAAACAAUUAUUUUGGAGAGUAGAAGAGUAUUUAGAAGAUAUGUAUUAAAUAUAUUAUUCAAAUAUAUUUUAAGAUAGUAGAGCAUUGAGCUUAAAUUAAGUAUUUUAACCAGAAGUAUUUAUAGAAUUUAGAAUAUUCCCAGUAUUUGAGAAUAUAUAAUGAAGUUAAAUUAAAGCUUUCAUAGAAAUCGUGUGCAGCUAGCUCACUACACCUAGCGUUAGUUAGCAAAUUAAGCUAACUUCCGUCUCGUAGUUGACCCAGUGUCACUGGUUUAGCUCCUUAACCAAACCGCCCAAUCACAGCUCAGGUUCCGUCCCAUUGGCCUUCCCAAACUGUUAGGAUCCGCCACCAGGCUCACCUGACCUCACUUUCACCUUCUGUCUGAUGUUGUACUGCCUCUGAUAUCAAUUGUGAUGUAUUCAAGUCUGUUAUUUUAAUGCACUUUCAGCCACAAUUAACAAAAAGAGUAUGCUAGGUGGGGGUAAGUUCACUCAACGAUGUUGUUUUCAUUGUAUGGCUCAUACCUCAACGCUCUUUCCUGAAUGGACAGGGAUGCACUGGCUCUGGAUGAUUUCAUCGAUGUUUCUGAGUUGUAUUUAUUUGCUGAGUUCAAGUUAAGAUAGCAUAAUAAUAAACCAAGGAUGUUGGUUUUUUAAAGGGCAACCAAACGUUGAACCGUCAAAGUGAAGCGACAGCACCACCUAGUGUUCAUAAUGGUUACUACAGCUACCAUCGCUCCUGAGUCCUGAAGUCUUUUCCGAUGGUUUCGUUGUUUUAUUGAUGGUCAUCAGGACUUUUUUGUUUUUAAUAUAAGAAAAAGUUAAGACUUUUGGAAAUUGAAAGUUAAGUGUACAAUUGUUAAUUGUGGCAGAUCUAUUACGUGUGUUAUUGUAGCUGGGCAGUGGUGUGGAGGUGGUACACUUUAUAUGCAAUAUUAAUAUGAAUAAUAAUCCUGUUGAAUGUGUUAAUGUCUGGUCACCGUCCUGUCUCGGAGUAAUAAAGCACUUGGUUGUGAUUACAAGGAA